ACUCCAAAACCUGUUCCUCGACAUCGCUCGACCGCGCGGGCAAAUGUUCUCCCAACCACAAGUGAAGGCGACCUGUCAGAACUAAGUCAGAUCUCGUCAAUCCCCACCGAGGACGUACAAGCUGCAACAGCUCUUUCGGACGUAGAGACAGAUGAAGUCGAAAUUCAAAUUCAUCACCUGGACUUGGACCAGGGGAUCAUCAAAGAGACUUGGCAACGUGUAUGUGUGAAUUAUGAGUUUCUAGAUGACACAGAGUCCACGGAAACCACCUUGCUUCCAAAAGGAGUAAUCAGUGAGGACGGAAAACAACAAUGGACGGCAACCUUUGACUAUUCAAAA